GAUAUUCCCAUUUUAUCCUCACACUUCCUUUUAUUUUAAAAAAAACCAAUGUAUAUACGGUUCAUAACUCUCAUUUCUUUCUUUCUUUCUGAAGCAACCAAAUCCUGUGUUUCUUCUCCCUGCCUUCUUGCCCAUCUUCUUCCAAAAUAGACCAAAAAAUCCCCACCUUCAGUCAACGGUGUGAUGAAUGAUGAUUGUUGGUUGGUAGUGUGAGUUGAUGAUAGUUUUAACUGAAAAUCCCUUCUCGUUCCUUGUAUUCUUGUAGAUCUGGGCCAUGUGAUGAUCAUCGACAACCGCCAAGGACCGCCCAAACCACUGCGAUAAUCCUCGUCUUCUCCUCGAAAAUCCCUAAUUGUUGUUAGUUACCGUGAAACCGCGAUGAGCUUGACGAUUCAUUGCUACCAGAUCUGCAAAGCCACUAGUAGCUCCCAUUGCUCCCCUUUCUUUUCUUUUUGAUUGAAGAUUGUUUGAAUAUUUUUUUAUUGAUUAUUACUAUUUCUUCUUCUACUUGCUCAUGUCAGAAGAAUUUGUGUCAUGUACUCUGCCAUUUUCGCAUUUUUCUUCUAUUUUUAAUUUGUUGUUUCUAUUUUUGGAGAGUGAGUUUGUUAUAAGUAAUUUGUAAAUCGUGAUUUUUUAUUGGAGAAUCUGUGCUUUAUUUCUUGAGCUCUCCCUGAUUUUGCUUAGAAGAAUGCAAUGUGGGUACUGGUUGUGGUGUUUCGCAUAAGACGUUUUUUGGUGCCUAAUUAUUUCAAUUGCAGUAGUGCUCUGUUUUCUUAUAUUUAUGUUUUGCAAUCCUGUGGCUUUGUUUUCUAUUAGCAUGAAAACUUCAUAAUUUGGAGGAUAAUUCCACCUUGCUUUAUAAAGGGAGAGAAAAUAUAGAGCUAUGGAUGGCUUGGAAUCUUUGGUAAAUUGGAAUGCAUUUUUAACCUUAGGCUUUUCAAAGUCUCCCUGCCUUGUUUCUCUGUAUAACACUGCUUUGCUGUAAUAAUGGUCUACAUUUAUAUAAAUCAUGAGUUAGGUGCAUUUUUAAAAUGUAAAAUCUUUUUGCAUUGAAGGAUGUAUUUGAACUUAAUAAUUUUAUAUACAGAUUGCCUUAUCUUCGGUUAGUGUGGCUGUUUUAAUUUCUUGUUUGGCUUGCUUUGUUGUUUUUAUUAUAAUGAAAUUUCUCAAGAGCGAGGGAUGAUGUUUCAAUUUAUAAAAUCAAAUACACUGUUUGUUUUUAUAAAAUAUGAGUAUAUUUGAUCUAAAUACAUGUAUUUUAACUUGUGUAUUUCAAAAACUGAAUAGCAUGUAUUUUAAAUAUCCUCUCAUACCUAUGAAUUUGAUAAUAAAUUUCAAAUUCUUUGCUCAUUCUCUACAUCUUUCUCUGCAAUAAGAUAGCUUCUCUGUGAUGAAGCUCCAACGAUCGAGUCAUUUAUGGAGAGGUAGUUUAUUGGUGAUGAUAUGGAGAUCUCCAUAAACUUCUUGUAGCUUGUAGUUUCAUUUCGAGAAAUACCUUCUUCCAAUGUAAUUGACGUUUUUCAUUUGUUGUGUUCUCUUAGGUAAGGGUUUAUCGGUGAAGCAAACUAAUGGCCCCAAAAGGGCUAAAAAUUGAUGUAAAAAGAUAAAAUCAGGAAACUACUGCUCUUGUCCUAAUUGAAGAUGCAUUGGUAGAUAGGAUGUAUUCAUGUUUUAAUGUUAAAGUUUAUUUGAUUUUUUAUUGUAACCUCAAAACUCUGUAAUGAUAUUGUCUGAAUAUAUAAUCUAUUUCCUGGGCAUUGUAAAAGAGUUACCUAGUUGUUAACUAGGAUUUAUUUGAUUAAUCUCAUGGGAUGUUAAAUGGUGCUUUGUUGAUUUUUUGGGGUUGAGGGGUGGAGCAAAUAAUAAUCUUCUAAUUGUGUUCGUUUCGUGUGACUUGUCGAAGUGAUGUAUUUAAGGGUUUUGUAUUUUCCAUUUGAAUUUCAUUUUAUUAAUUUGUUACAUUUAGUUCUGGAAUAAAACAUUGAUUUUUUUAAAAAUAUAUGUUGUUAUUUUAGGUUCACCAUUUUGUUGAGCUCUUCCUCACAUCCCAAUCAUAGUUUGCAGCUUCAAAACUUUUCAAAUUAUGAAGACCAUAUUUAAGGAUUUAAUUUCAUCAUUUGUAAUAGGAUUCAAUAGUUUAUUCUCUUUAAAGAGAGAAAUAAUGUUUUAUUUAAAAGAAAAUGUUCUUUUCAUU